AUGGCGUCUCUCCCAUCCCCAGUCGUACCACACGUCGACCCCGCUGGCCUCUCGAUCCCCUCAGCCUACCGGGCCCAGCUACAUGCCGAGUCGCACCACCGCAGUAACCCCUUCCGCGGACAUCAGCAGCAGCAGCAGCAGCAGCAGCAGCCCCCACACCCCCAGCGCCUCAGUGACGACCCCCGCCCGUCUCCAAGCCCCACCACGAGCGCUAGCGACGCUGCUCUCGACUCCUCGCGGCCCAUGCCUCCGCCUCCUGCUAGCACGGCGCCCACCGUCAUGAGUCACUACACCACCACGCCCAGCUUUUCGUCUGCCUCUACCUUUUCUCAGACCUUUUCUCCCCCGGCCGGCCCGGUGUUCCCCGCCUCCCCCGACAGCGCCCUCAGGACCACGAGCCCCCGCCACUCGCCGUCGCACCACCGCGUUACCCCCCACGACCAGUACUGGCAGGCUCAGGCCCAGCAGCACCAGCAGCACCAGCACCAGCAACAGGCUGCCCAGCAGGCGUACAACCCUUCGCCGCUUUACCGCUACGAGGUGGCGGAGGACGUAAACGACCACUACGCCCAGCAGCAGCACUACUACUACCCGGCCCAGUUCUACCAGCACUCGACGUCUCCCAGCCCCAUUACACCACCAGCGCCACAGAUGACGGCCCAGGAGAGACGCAGAGCCAAGGAGAUUCUCAAGGCGCGGCGCCAUGUUUGCCCCAUGUGUGACAAGCGCUUCAACCGCCCAUCGUCACUCUCGACCCACAUGUCGGUGCACACGGGUGCAAAGCCGUACCAGUGCAACCGCGAGGGCUGCGGACGGCGCUUCUCCGUCUCAUCCAACCUUCGCCGCCACGAGCGUACCCACGACAUGCGGGGCUCGCGUAACUCCAAGACGGCCGACAUCUCGUCCCCGAGAACGCCGGCGCGCCAGCCCGCCCCUCAGCUGCAGCUCCAGCAGACGCCACAGACCCCGCACCCCGCCUCGCCGGCGACAACGACGACCACGACGGCGGCGGCGGGCAUGUUCGCCCCGCAGUACCAGUACGUCUACCAGUCGGCGUACCCGCAGCAAGUCGAGUACGGCAUGUGGCACGGGGCGGGCGGGCUGCGCCAGUACGCCAUCACGCGCCGCGACUCCGUCGCGCCCACUAGCGCCGUCGUGCAGCCCACCACUCCGCCCACGCCGCCGCAGCCCAUCCUCAUGCCCCAGCCUACAAAAUCUAACAGCCUCAUGCUGAGCUGA